CCUCCAGGAUGGCAGCAAUGGUGAUAGUAUGGUACUUACCAUACGGUCCAAGGGUACAAGCAAAGAGAAAGCUGCCAAGGAGCACGAAAGGUGACUUGAGCGGAAAAGAGAACUCUCCCAGCUAUCGCCAAUCGAGAUGCUGCAGCGCCUCGAUGAGACCGUUACGUCUCGGCUGGAUGGACUACUCGCGCUCGACUAUUUCAGGUUGUUUGAAGAGUCCCUUCCUUUCCUAGGAUUGGUCGUCGCACGCUUCGGCGAGGGAAGUAAAUACCAAGCACAACUUGGACCCAGUGAAGAUGGAACGAUGGAACACCUUGAUCGCUUGCCAGUUGUCCUGGGCCGAGACUUGGAGGAGUACGCGGGCACUGCAAAAGAGACGGAAAUUCUGGAGAACGUGCUCGAUGGCUACAAGAGGUUCUUGAUGAAAAAGGAGACUAUUCUGGAGCUUGCGGCGUCCGCAAACCACCUUGGUCCUGCAGAGCGUCCCGCAACGGAGGGCCAGAUGAGUCCUACGCCGAAGGACACUGAGCCGGCGACUUUCUUUUCCCCUUGGCGUUGCCGUCCUUAUGCAGCGGCCCACUUCUAGAUACUCUCACGCAUGUCGCAAUGUAAUACGAUUGGUUGGGCGCCACGCCGACGUGUGUCUCCGUUUAGCUCAGAGCUUACCCACAAGGCAAGCGAGUAUUUGAGUGCUUAAGCGUUCCCGGCGGGCUACAGUUCUCCAAGC